AUGGGUCUGUUGAAGAUUUCCAUUACCAAUACGUUCGACGAGUCGUCUGUGAUGGCCCAGAACGUCGUGGGAGGAGUCACCAUCGUCGCAGUGGUCGUUGUCGGCGUGAUGCUGUGGCACAGGUGGCGCCUUGCCAAAGCCGCCAAGUCCUCGUCCAAGGACAUGUGGGAGCUGCACAUGUAG